AUGAAGGUACUGAUCACGGGCUUCAAUCCAUUCGAUAACGACACAGUCAACCCGUCCUAUGAGGCUGUUAAGAAACUGCCUGAUGAGAUCUACGUCAACGACCAGUUGGGUACCGUGACGGUGAUCAAGGUUGAGAUUCCCACGGAAUUCAACACUUCGGCAAAGGUUGUGCGAGACUUGGUGGAGCUAUACAAGCCCGCACACGUGAUAUGUGUGGGUCAGGCCGGGGGACGUUCGGGAAUCACCCCUGAGAGGGUGGCCAUCAAUCUGGAUGAUGCUUCUAUCCCUGAUAAUGCUGGCUACAGACCCGUUGACGAGCCCAUCAUUGCCAAUGGAAAGAACUGCUACUUUUCGUCCUUGCCUGUCAAGCAAAUUGUCAGAGAGAUUUCGAAAUCAGGGAUGCCCGCUGGUGUCAGUGAUACUGCUGGCACGUUUGUUUGCAACCAUGUCAUGUACCACGUGUGCUAUAUGAAGGAGUCUGGCGUGUUCCCCUUUCUAAAAUCAUCCGGUUUCAUUCACGUUCCGUUUUGUUCCGACCAGGUUGAACGUGAUCACCCCUGGUGGAAUCCUCUCUCGUGGAUCUACACACCUCCAAGCAUGUCUCUGGAAGACAUGAGUGCCGGCUUGGCCAUUGCUAUUAAGGAGGUGGUCAAGGGAGAAUCAGGAGACAAGAUUGAGGGAGGAGCUAUUUGUUAA